AUGGAAUCACCAACUGCAUGGAAUGUUAGUGAUUUAUCUAGCCAUUUAAAUGUAAAUGGACUUGAAGUGAAUUAUGUAGGCCCGGGUAAAAAAUGGGUUGAUUCUGCAAUGAUAAAAACAAAUAAUCCAAUUCCUCAAUGUGAAUUAUACGUAUUUUAUUUUGAAGUUAAUAUUAUUAAUGGAGGUGAAAAUGGGAUUAUUGGAAUCGGAUUUUGUACUAAAGAUUCUAAAAACAGGUCGAAUCGGAGAAAAAUGAUAGGGAUUAAUGGAACUAAUGAAAACAUGGAGGAUGAGCAAGUUGAGAAAUUAAUUGAUAGUUUUUUGAUUAGUAGAAUAAAGGAAUUGAACAUUAUAGAUUUUGAUGAUCGUAUGGAUUUAAGAGUGAAAUGGAAUAAAUGUAAACAAUAUUUAAAGCUCUCGAAAUUACAAAUUUAUUUUCUUACAUCGACACAACAUUAUUUAAAAGAAAAAAAGGAUCAAGAAAGUUUUGAGAAAAUUUUGAAAAUAAGCUUGAAAAAUUUUUUUGAAAUCUUUUGUGACGAUUCAAAUAAGAUAGUCGAGAGUUUGGAUGAUUUUAUUUACUAUGAAAGAGAUUUUUUGGAAAGAAUUUUAAAUGUAAAGAUUAAGAAGAAUGCAUCAACUUCUAGUACAUACACAUAUGAAUACGUAACUCAACUAAAAAGUGAUAUGGAAUAUUCAUGUUUAAGAUCUGCUGAUUUCAUAAUCCAACCAAGAUAUAAUAUAAAGA